CGGUGCGACUUAACAGCAACACACCACACAUAAAAGCCAGAACAACAUUAGACCACUUGAAUAUACUGUAUGAAUGAACACCACACAUACUAAACUGUGAGCCAUGUCCAGAGUCGAGGCUUUUGAGGAUCCUGACCCCCGUUCCCAGCUCAAGGAAUUCCGCACGGACAUCUCCAUGGUGAUUGAUGAUCCCUUCCCACUGCUCUAUGGGUUGGUGGACCGCAGCAUCAUCAGCGACCAAAUUCUGAAGGAUACCCUGGAGAGGGAGGGCAGAGAGGGGAUCCACAAGGCCAUGUACUCCCUGCUUUCCUGGCUCCUGGAGCAGAGUAGGACCACCAUCCAGGCCUUCUGGACCAACCUGGCCAAGGACUACAACCAGCACAGCUACCCAAGACUGCAGGCCCUCCUGACCAGCAUUCAACCAGGUAGUGAGAUGGUGGGCUCCAAGCAGGGGAAGAGAUCCCCACGAGGGUCUCGAGAGUCCCACAGCAGGAAGAGGGGCCUGGGGGAGAGACACCCUCAUCACCCUCACCACUCUCAGCACCACGGCAAAAGUGGCAAAGUGAAGUCGGUGAAGAAAAGUGAAGGGGCUGCAUUGGUCUCUCAGAUACCUGCUGGAAAGGGUGUCCAGGCGGUGUCCACCUCGGUCCAGAGGGCAGUCACUCUGUCGUCCAGUGAGCUGCCGGUCAGCUGCGGGGCCAGAGAGGAGAUCCUCAUCAAACAGGUGUUUGGAUCUGGAAGUGCCAAAAAGUGCAUUAAAGUGGGUGGUGAGUAUUACACCUCUGGCCCAUUCGGUGAGCUGACUGGAGGACACAAGACAAAGUCUGCAAAUACUAAAUACCACCACAAGGAGGAGUCCAGCACCAGGGUUAGAGACGCCCAGCGUAAUGAUGAUGAGUGUACAGUGUGUAAAGAUGGAGGUGAGCUCAUCUGUUGUGAUGGCUGUCCCAGGGCCUACCACCUGACCUGCCUAGACCCUCCCCUCACCACAAUACCAAGUGGCACUUGGCGCUGUCAAUCAUGCCAUAGCAAUAAGGUGAGAAGAGAGAGAAUCUACCCAGUACUACCUAGCCAGUUGACAGAGACCAGCUCCAGUAACUCCACCAUCGACUUCUCCUUCUUCUCUUCCUUAUCCUCCACCUCUCUCUCCGGUGUCACCACAACCAAGAGCGGUCAGGUCUGUGCAUAUCAGUGUGCAGGUGGCGAGGUGGUGGAGGUCAGGGAGACGUGUGGGGUUUGCCUCCUCAGUGGAGGAGACCUGACCCUCUGUCUCCAGUGCCUACAGAAGUACCACACCUACUGCCACUUCCCAAAUGGGAGGUCCAUCUGCUCCUCCUGCAGUAGGCCCUGGGGCAGCUCAACAGACAGAGAAGCGGAAUUACAGGUUGGUCUGACUCCACACACUCAGGAGCACUCCUCUCUCUCAGAGCCCAUCCUACACAAGGAUGAACUAGACUCCAUCAUGGGAGAGAGCUCCAUAGAUGGGAUCCUGCAGUGGGCUUUCCAUAACAUCUCCAGGCCUCUCUCGGACACUCAGGGCUACUUCCAAUGACAUUACACACGCACACAUAACAAGCUCAAAACACAUGUUAUGAUCUCACACAAACACGAUCUCUCUCUAUCUCUCUAUCUCUCCAUCUCUCUCCUCCUUAAAAGAAGGAUCCACAGUUCAACAUAACAGAUGAUUUCAUUUCUAUUGCUCCAGACACUGAGAAUGCCUCAGUUCGAGAAUUUCUUGAAGACCGUCACUUAGCUCAGGAAUGUUGUUUUUGUACAUUUUCAGGAGUUUAGCAUAACUCCACGAGGGAUGCAGUGCAAUGGGCGUUUAUUCUCGACGGGACAUUAAAGAAACAUAGUCUCCUAGCGGGGGCUCACUUCUCAUAGGCUCGAUGUCAUGUAGUAAAUCCGGGAGGCUCAAAUGAAUACGAUAUGUUACGUUUGGUAUGGUAUGGUUACUUAAUUAAGGCUAAAACGAAAGGAGAGUGGUCGGUCGGGGUGGAUGGAUGGACACAUAAGCAAACGUCUUGCAAACCAAAGGUUGCGUGUUAGAAUCUCACCACAGACAACUGUAACAUUUGAAGCAACUGCAACUACUUACUACUCUAAACCUAACCUUAACCCCUCACCCCUAGCUUAGCUAACGCUAGCCACCUAGCUAACUUCAGCCACAAGAAAUUGGAAUUCAUGACAUAUCAUACAUUUUGUAAAUCCUGUAACAUAUCAUACGAAAUGGAUGACGGACAUCCACAAAUGAACACAUACCAUAAGGUUUAAUGGGGUGUUUCCAUUCCACUGAGUGGUUGCGGAUAAAAGGCUGUGGGUGAUGACGUAGUGCACAUAAAAAGAUCUUUCAAUUCCCAUGUAUCGCAUUUUCCCCUCUACUGUUGGUUUUGGUCUGUAAAAAUGUUGUGGCCACUCUAGUCAUGGCACGUGUGCUCCAGCCAAUAAAGGUUGGAUUAAAACCUGGUUAGUGAGUCACUCAAUCUAUGAAAGGCCCAACAUCAUGUAGAAUCUGUCAUGCUUCAUUGAAACCAAACAUUUGUGAUAACUCUCAAUAAACCGUAUCACCAGCACUGUUUAAAAAAUAA